AUUACGUCUUGCGUCACGAUGGACGUACUUCCUCAGCACGCUCCGCUGCGUGCCGCGCACUUGAGCCGAUUUCAGAUAUGAUGAGCGGUAGGACGAGCGCGGCUAUUGCCGGGCUGUGCGGAGCCCUCUUCGUCGCCUACUGUUUUUAUUUCGACAGAAAGCGACGGAGUGACCCUCGCUUCAAGGAAAAGCUACGUGAACGUAGACGAAAGCAAAAGGUUUCUAGUGAAAAGUCCGGGCUGGCUAAGGUAGGACGAAUGCUGCCUGACUUGAAAGACGCGGAAGCUGUUCAGAAAUUCUUUCUGGAGGAAAUCCAGCUCGGAGAGGAGCUCCUGUCACACGGUGAAUUCGAGAAAGGUGUGGACCACCUGACCAAUGCGAUUGCCGUGUGUGGUCAGCCUCAGCAGCUCCUACAGGUACUCCAGCAGACGCUGCCGCCUCCAGUCUUCCAAAUGCUGCUCACCAAACUGCCCAGCAUCAGCCAGCGACUCAUCAGCUCUCAGUCUUUAGCAGAAGAUGACGUGGAAUGAAUGUGUGUGAAUGCUAUAACUAUUCCGUAAAGGGAUUUUGGACACUGAUACUUGCGCACUGUCUGGUAACGUCUGACUGCAGUUUGCGUGUGGGAUGUGAGCCUGAUUAUCACAGAGUUUGACCUUUGGACGCCAGAUGACCGUAACCCCCCUCUAUCAUAGCCCUCCAAGGUUAAAGAACUUUGUCAAGGUUACAUUUCUGGGAAAUGUUAAACACGUUGCAUCUUUCUUAUCUUGUUCCCACCAGAUCUCAUGUUUUCUUGCCUUCAGUUUAUUCUAUUUAUUUCCCUCAAAAGUAAUAAUGUGUUAUCUUUUGGGGGCCAUUGCUGAUAUGUACAGAAUAAAAACCAAGGUAUGCAAACGAUUUCUUGUAUAUUGCUGCACAGUUGCUAUACAUGUGAAAUGUGUAGAAGAGUGUCUACUCUAAACAGAACGCUUGUUUGUGGAAUACUGUCAUUAAGUUGUCUGAAAUUUUCUUGCAAUGUCAGUUAAAUUGUCAGUUAAUUUAUUUUUUCUAUUCAAGUCUUUCAUAUCUGGACAUAUUUUUGUGUUUAAAAUCCUACAAUAAAAUGUUGAAUCACA